AACGCCUAACAGGAAGUGAUAAUAAGUUGGGCAUUCAUAUAUUCUGGGAAUUGAAAACGAAAAUGAACUGGUGAUUGGUGAAAAAUCGUGGCCAACCUUAUAUUAUUCUAUUUGAAAAUUUGUCGCGAAGAGAAAACGUUCAAAAAUGGAAAUUUUUCAAUUGGGUGUUGUUUUUUUUGGAUGUUUGCUGAUUCGGAUUGAAGCUCAAAAUACGUCAUCACCAUUGGAUUUCAUCAACACUAUGAAAACCUCGUUGGAAGCUGCAGGAGCCGGGGCUAUCAAGCUAGGACCCAUGGGGUUGCUUGGUGAUAUGAAUGGGCAAUUUGGAUUGAAGGUUAAUAAGGAGCAAACAACUUCUGGAACUUCUUCUGCGAUCGUAGGGACGGUUAGAAAUAAAAGGUUACUUUCAGCUCUCGGUACAAAAGAUGGAAAGGGGUACAAAAGUUUGAUACAUGGAACUAAAACCUCUUUAUCUAAGGAGGAUCCGAAAAAUUGUUAUGGACGUUAUGGACGUCAACCUAUUAUAAUACCUAUUAUAGUACAAUCUACAACAGCAGCUACAACUACAACAACAGCUGCGGGAUAAUUCUUGAAAUAAUUGAAUUGAGAUUCUAAAUAAAAAACCAAUAAUAAAAAAAUUCUAUAUCGA